AUGUCUAAACGCGCCCUUCGCCCCCGGGCGGAUGUCUGCCACCUCUGUGAUUUCCUCAUAGCUCGAAGGACAUUACGCAGGACACCAAUCCGCACCCAGCGGUCUAUCAACACGACCCGCCUCUUCUCCAGUAGCCGGACAAACUUCCUCUCACCAGCUGCGAUCCGCACUUCAAAUAAAUCUUAUAAGCCAAAUCGUACGGCGCACAUACCUGUGGCAAAUCUGUCACGGGACGAAGGAGGGGAAUGGAUGCAAGAUGUGGAAGCGUCAUGUAAUGCCUUGCUCUCCCAGGAGAAAAUACCCUCUGAGGAGGAAACAACACGGGUUUUAGCACAAUGCGAAGCUCUCGCAACCCUCAUUAUGGUUGAACCGACAGAACCCAUUUCGGAUAGGAAAGACCGUGCUGGAUCCGCCCUCCUCGACCUAGAUGAUCCGAGUGGAAGCAAAACACGACGAGGACGUGAAGUCCAGCUCAUGGAGCAAGACUUAUCGAAGCUCGUGUAUUCCAUUAUUACACAUCCUCCGGUCUUUAUAACCCCAAAGGUCCUUGAUCUAUACGUGAAGAUCCAGGAAAUUUUGAAAGACCCUCAGACGCUGCCCGAAGCCUUCCGUCUUUAUGCCAAUAAGCCCUUACCGGUGGAAGGCUCGUCACCCAUACGAUACACAAAGCAAAACCCAGACAAAGUUGCAAAUGCUAUACCUCAGGCUGUUGCUGAUCGUGCACUUCAAGUUGCCGUCGACGCGAAAGACUUAACGGCUGCAAUCGAUAUCAUUGAUUUCUCAUACGCCACUAAAGCUUUUCGCCGAGCCAAAUUUGUACGGUUAGGUCUCGUUCCCUCCGUCGGUCUAACAGUCGCACCUGUUGCAGCUUACGGCCUUGCAUCACAACUAGCACUUCUUCAGACGACUAUGGAGACUGGAAUGGCCACCAAUGUUGCCUUCGCCGGUAUGGUUGCCUAUGUGGGAUUCACAGCUACGAUUGGUAUUGUAGCCCUGACAACUGCAAAUGAUCAAAUGGACCGCGUAACUUGGGCACCAGGGCUGCCGCUAAGGCAGCGGUGGAUUCGAGAAGAAGAAAGAGCUGCAUUUGACAAAGUUGCGGGUGCCUGGGGAUUCCGGGAACAAUGGAGGCGAGGAGAAGAGGAAGGCAAAGAAUGGGACUUUAUCCGCGAUUGGAUUGGUGUGAGAGGAAUGGUACUUGACCGCACCGAGUUAAUGGAGGGAAUGGAGUGA